AUGGCCGCUUCGUAUUCAUUCCUUGAACUUGUAUCCGAGAUAUUUGGCUGGAUAUACACGCUCUGCUGGUCGCUGUCGUUCUAUCCACAACCGAUCCUCAACUGCCGCCGACGAUCUACUACUGGAACUACCAUCGACUUCCCCUCAAUUAAUGUUGUAGGCUUCCUGGCAUACUUUGCCUCCAACGCUGCAUUCCUCUACUCUCCGCGAAUCCGUCAUGAAUAUGCCUUAAGGAACCACGGCUUAACGCCGACGGUUCAGCUCAACGAUUUUGCCUUCGCGGCGCAUGCGCUCGCUCUCAGCAUAAUAACUACAUCGCAGUUCAUGCCUUCAUUAUGGGGAUUUGAAAAGCGUGGCAGGAGGGAGCCCGGGGUAAGGAUCAGCAGAAGCGUGAUGGGGAUAAUGGUUGGGAGCUUCAUAGUUGUCGGUUUGGUCGCCUUCAUUGUUUUUCUGCGGGGCGAUCCAGACCCGCGGACGGGAUGGGCGUGGAUCGACGUGAUAUACACCGCUUCUUAUGUGAAGCUUUUUAUCACGCUCGUUAAAUACAUGCCCCAAGUCCUUACGAACUACCGAAACCAUUCCACAGCUGGCUGGUCAAUAGCGCAAAUCCUCCUGGAUUUCGCUGGCGGAAUACUCUCCGUCAUCCAACUCAGUAUAGACAGUUACCUGCAACGUGACUGGUCUGGAAUAACAGGAAACCCAGUCAAAUUGGCGUUAGGAAAUGCUAGUAUGUUUUUUGAUGUUAUAUUCAUGGUGCAACAUUUCUAUUUGUACAACGACAAACGGGCGAAGGCUUUCGCGGAAGAAUACGAUCCGUUACUAUACAAUUCGAGCGGGGAAAGAAUAGAUUAA